AUGGACGUGAGCGCGGUUAAGCAUUACAGCGGUCCUGAACAUUACACAGAUCUCUGUUUUGAAUUCAAUCAAGCUUCCACUGCAAAUCAUAAUGUUCAAUUCGUUCCUGUGAGGCGGGGGCGCAUAAAAGCGUAUUCUCGUCGCAGCACCGCAGGAAUUGUUUGGAAGGAGGCACCUUUCCUCGUAUCGACUAGUGCAAUUAGUACCUGCAUCGAACUAAGUGAGAGAGCUUUUUUGGAUGCUAGAAAGAAUGGUGUACCAAUGAAUGACACCCGUACACAAGCAACAAGUCAUUAUCCCAUUCAAUUUUUGAUGCCUUCUGACCUCUCGCCUCAGCGGCCAACUUCGUUGGCUUGGGUUCAACCUCGGUCAUGGGCCGAGCAUGCAGCUUCUCCUGUUCAGAAUAAAGGGAGGUCUGCACUGAAAUUGCAUUCUCCAGGCAUCAUAAUCCAUGCACCGUCCUCCGAAUCAUCUGUAUCUCAUCCGUCCACUCCCACGCGACAAUAUAAGCCAAACAUAUGGAGUUCCCCACGUUCUUCACUAACCGUCGAACAAUUGUAUGAAAAAGCGCAUGAAUUUAAUCGAGCUCCGUUGACAAUGCCGGUGGGAUUAGUGAACCAAGGAAAUUCUUGUUUUGCCAGUGUUAUUCUCCAGAUGCUUGUAUACUGUCGGCCUCUCUACUCUUUUCUUACGCAACUAAACGCUAUGGUGCCCCAGGAUCUAACCAACUCAACGCCACUUUUGGAAGCUAUAUUCCAAUUUUAUUCAGAAAUACCUGUGCUAACAAAUCAAAACAACAUGUUGAAUGAUGACUUGGAUCCCAUUGCACCCGAUUAUAUAUACGAUGCUUUGCGAUUACACAGACGAUUCGACCUUUUUCAGCUUGGACACCAAGAGGAUGCGGAAGAAUUUUUUAGUUUGAUUCUGAACACUCUUCAUGAAGAAGUUGACCUUGUGUAUCGUCGCACAGUGAAAAAGAAACAAUCUACGCAUAAACACUCUACAGCUUUAGAGCCUGUGGCUUCCAAAGAUCCAUAUGCGGCCUACCCACCACCCUCGAUAAAUGAUGAUUCAAGUGAUGAUGAAAUUGAUGCCAGGGAAGUACAGCGCCCGCAAAGCCCUGAUCAAAAUGAAUGGCUAGAAGUUGGUCAGAAGGGUAAAACGAGCCUAACUCGAACUAGUGGCAACACAGACAGCGAGUCGCCUAUAACCCGAAUGUUCGAUGGAAAACUACGCAGCACGCUUUCUUGUCCUGGUACUAAAACUAGCAUUAUGCUUGAGCCCUACCGAUCACUCCCACUUGAUAUUCAACCACCACAUAUACACACAAUCGAAGACGCCUUGAGACAAAUAACGGAACCUGAGAUCAUUUCUGGCGUGUGGUCACAUCAACGUAAUGCACCUGUGGAUGCAACAAAGCAAGUUUGCAUUGAAGCUUUACCUCCAGUCCUUGUUCUCCAUCUCAAGCGGUUCGUGUUUGACGGAACAUAUGGCGUACAAAAAAGCACCAAACCAAUACGCUUUGGUAUGACGCUGGAUCUUCCACAAGAUAUAUUGAGUCAACCGUGUCGUCUUGUGUCGGCUUUUAACAAAUACGCUUUAUUUGGCGUAGUAUACCACCAUGGACGUCUUGCCACAGGUGGCCAUUAUACUGUGGCCGUACGGCGUCAAGACAAUUCAGGAUGGAUCCACAUUGACGAUACCUGCGUUUCACCUAUACCUGCUGAACAGGUCGUCUCUUCGGCACUUGGAAACAAGUUGGACAUGGGCCAGGCCUAUUUGCUGUUUUACCUAAGGCUUGAGCAGUAA